AUGCGGUACGCCAUCACCCUCGCUUUCCUGGUCGCCAUGGUCCCCAACGCCCUCCAGCUCGUCGACCUGACUAAUACCUGCGACGUCCCCGACAAGCGCCGCAGUCUUCUCCUCUCCCGCCACGUUACCAAAAAGAUUGCUAGAGAUGCUGAUGAUGCUGCUGAGGACGCCACGGAAAAGGACUGCAUCUGCAACAACACGACCUUUGACGUGCUUACUGUUGCCGGAGAGUGCCAGACUUGCCUCACGACGAAUGGGAGCACUGAUGAUGAUGUCCAGGAGAUCCAGACCCUGUGCGCUGCCACUACGACAACCCCUACCACUGGCACGGCUAAGCGGGUUGCUCGCCGUGUCUUGUGA